AUGGCUCCAAGCCGGACACAGCCACGGUGUGCCCCGACGGGCGGUGGGGUUCUCCUCCUCGGGCUCUCUGUUCUGCUGUGGGGGCUGCUGCUGCCCUGUGCCCAUGGCAGCCCCCAGCCCUCGUGGGGCUAUGCCACCUACGAGAUAGUCAUCCCGUGGAAACUCAUCCCCAGGGCAGGAAAAGCCAGCCAGGAUGAAGUGUCCUAUGGCAUCAGUAUUCAGGGGAUAAACUACACGAUUCACCUUAGGCAGACAGACUUCGUCAUAAAAUCCCUCCCCAUAUUCACUCGGGACUCCCAGGGGGCAAUUGUGGCCGAACAGCCCCACGUGCCAGCAGAUUGCUAUUACCACGGCUACGUGGAGGGCAUCCCCGACUCCGCGGUGACUCUGACGACCUGCGCUGGGCUCAGGGGACUGCUGCAGAUUGGAAACUCGAGCUACAGCAUCGAGCCCCUGGCAGCUUCCUCCACGGCUGAGCAUCUUCUGUUGCAGAGGGAGGAGGCAGUUCCUGCAAUGGUGGUGUACAACAUGACCAGCAAAGAGGGACAAUUUCCAGUUCCUGGUAGAGCGACUGGGCAGUUCCGGCCCCGGGGGCACACGCGGUACUUGGAGCUCCUUGUCGUGGUGGACAAGGAAGGUUUUGACGCCUUUGGUGGAAGUAUAACUAACGUGAUGCUGGAAGUUCUUGAAAUAAUCAAUCUGGUGGACGGGCUCUUUUAUUCUUUCCACCUUCGUGUUCUGAUAACUGCACUAGAGGUUUGGGCGGAGAAGAACCCCAUCCGUGUGACCAAAAACAUCACCGAGGUCCUUGAUAAUUUUAACCUUUGGUGGAAGCAGCAAAGCCAUACGUACGCCGCGCACGAUGUGGCGUGUCUCUUCGCCUCGAUGGACUUCGAUGGUGGUGUGGGAGCAUCGCACGCAGGCGGCACAUCCAACUUCGCCAGCGCGUGCGAUAAAGAGCGCGCCUCUGCUGUUGUGUCGUUUGCAAAGCGGCCCUACAUGGACACUGCCGUCCACGUCGCUCGUGCGUUAGGGCACGUCCUUGGCAUGAGGCACGAUGACGGAUCCUGCAGGUGUGGGAACACCUCCCAAUGCAUCAUGAGCACGCAGGGCACAGUGAACUGUCAAUUCAGCAACUGCAGCAAAAAGCACUAUUUUGAUUUUAUAGCAUCAGGGCAAGGAUUCUGCCUUAACAACGCCCCAGAAUCAGGAAUGACGGUUGCACUGAAGAGCUGCGGGAAUGGCAUCCUGGAGGCUGGGGAGGAGUGCGACUGCGGCUCAGAAGCACAGUGUAAAUUGGAUGGUUGCUGUGACAAUACCUGUCAAAAAAAAAAAGGAGCCAUUUGCACUUCUGGAGGCUGCUGUAAGAAUUGCAAACCUCUUCCAGAAGGAGAAGUGUGUCGGCAGAGUGCUGGUGUCUGUGACCUGCCCGAGUAUUGCAAUGGGACGUCGGAGCAUUGCCCGGCCGAUGUGGGCAAGCAAGACGGGACUGUGUGCGCUGAGGACGGGUACUGUUAUGCAGGCAAAUGCCAAUCUCCCACGUUACAGUGUAGGAGUAUCUUUGGCAAGGAAGCAAAGCCUGCUCCGCUACCGUGUUUCCAGGAGGUGAACAUGAAAGGCGAUCGGUUUGGCAAUUGCUGGGGAGAUGGGGCAGAUGUCAGCUUCCAGAAAUGUAAGCCAGAGAACGUCCUGUGCGGGAGGAUACAGUGUACGAACGUUCAACGUCUGCCUGAGCUGGAAGAUCACACAACCAUCAUCCAGACGCUGGUGGGCGAUACCUGGUGUUGGGGCACCGACUACCACUUGGGCGUGGACAUUCUGGAUGCCGGCGUUGUUCGGGAUGGCACGCGGUGCGGGGAGAACAGGAUCUGCAUUAAUCGGACGUGCGUCCCCGAGGAGAAGUACUUGACAUCCCGCUGCUCUGCCGAGGGAACGUGCAGAGGAAAAGGCGUCUGCAACACGAGAGGAAACUGCCACUGUGACAGCGGCUGGGCACCUCCCCACUGCCAGUUUCCUGGCUUUGGGGGAAGCGUUGACAGUGGGCCUGCACCCGUCAUUAAAAAGGGGCUUUUCGAGUUCAUCGUUGGGAUUACGGGACUGACCGUUGCUGGUCUGGUGCUUGCAGCACUUGGCAUUGUGCACAUGAGAAACCUCAGGGUAAUCUUCACCUAG